AUGGCUCCCCAACCAUCACCUCCUUCGACCCAUGCUGGCGUCAAACGGCCUCAUUCUUUCUCUACCAUAUCCGGGCAUACUCCGCACAAGAAGCGCAGAGUACAUCAUGCGCUACACCACGUCCAAGCCCGACCGAAAGAUAUCGAACCGGCGCCGCAGGACCCGGUCUUCGCCCAAGGUCAAUUACUGAAGAGCAUCGGCGCGGCGCUGGUGAUGGCUGGCUUUGAUUCUGUGAAGCCGAGUGCCAUGGAGAUGUUUCGGGCGCAGGUGGAAGAAUACAUGCUUCACUUCUUGACACACUCGCGGAUGGCCAUGCAAGGCGGCAGACGGACGACACCCACCGCAAUCGACUUCGCCUCAGCCCUCGCUCAGAUGCCAAAUGCUCAUACAGCUUCGCUCUUGAAACCGCAGCUCAACCUACGACUCCCCGACGACAUCUCGUGUCCCCGGAUACUGGAUCCAGACCCAGCCCCUCCGCCAGCGCCGAACUUCUCGACCUUACUAGAACCUCUCAUCACUCCAGACCCUCCAUCUUACAUCCCCAAUCACUUUCCGCCUUUACCGCCCCAACACGCGUGGAAACAGACACCAGUAUAUCCAGAGCGCGAAAAGGAUGCACGAAAGAUGCGCGAGAAGGCGACACAGGAGGGAAUGCUGGCAGAACAGGCACUCCGGAAGCUUGCGGCGGCAGCAAAGAGUGGUGCAAUGAAUGUGGAGAAGAGAAGAAGCAGUGUGCUGAGUGGAGAGGGCAAAGCGAGAGAUCCAAAGUCACACCAUAGAGCUGGCAGGAAGGAGCACGAAGACACAUUUGCGGACGUGCUGAAGGACAUAGGCGGUUCAGACGAGGCUAUGGACCUUGGACUGGAUGACGCCGCAGAGACUGCGAAGGAAGGCAUGGAUCUGGGCAUGCCAGAGGGCGUUGCGGUGAAUUACGAUAUGAGCCACUGGCGGCAUGGUGCUGCUAGGAGAGCAGCGAGGGCAUGA